AUGGGCCGCCAUGUCACCGUGUGGUCGGCCGCCUUCCUCGCCACCGGCGGCUUCCUCUUCGGCUUCGACUCGGGCAUCAUCACGUCCACCAUUGCCCUCGGCACAUUCAAGGCCUACUUCCACGACCCCUCCGACGCCGUUGCCGCCGCCAUCGUCUCCUCCUUCCAGGGCGGCGCCAUCCUCGGCACCGUCAUCAACAUGAUCUGCUCCGACCGCCUCGGCCGCCGCAACACCGUCUUUCUCGGCUCCCUCAUCUCCAUCGCCGGCUCCGCGCUGCAGGCCGGCUCCGAGAACCUCGCCGCCCUCAUCGCCGGCCGCUUCGUCGGCGGCGUCGCCGUCGGCGUGCUGACCUCCACCAUCCCCAUGUACGCGUCGGAGCUGGCCGAGGCCAGGCAGAGGGGCAAGCUGUCGGGGCUGCUGCAGUGGAUGCUGAGCUGGGGGUUCCUGGUGGCCCAGUGGUUGGGGUACGGGUGCUCCUUUGUCAAGAACGACUUUUCAUGGAGGUUCCCGCUGGCGUUCCAGUGCGUGCCCGGCGUCGUCAUCGCGACAGGCAUCUACUUCCUCGAGGAGUCCCCGCGCUGGCUCGUCGAAAAGGGCCGCCACGCUGAGGCGCGCCGCAGCCUCGACAAGCUGCGCGUCGGCGUCGACGAGAAGCUCAUUGACGUCGAGUACAACGAGAUCUGCCACGCCGUGCGCGCCCAGUCGGCGCUGCGCGACAACGGCUACCUGUGGAAGGCCCUGCUCACCAAGCCCUCGUGGCGCAAGCGCCUGCUGCUGGGCUGCGGCGUCCAGGCCUUCUCGCCCCUCUCGGGCGUCAACGUCAUCAGCUACUUUGGCCCGCGCAUCUACGAGCUCCUCGGCAUCGGCACCCAGACCUCCCUCAUGAUCAUCGGCAUCAACGGCGCCCUCGGCAUCCUCUACAACACCGUGGGCCUCUGGAUGCUCGACCGCAUCGGCCGCGUGCGCCCGCUCAUCGCCUCGGCCGUCGGCCUCGCCGCCGCCCUCCUCGUCAACGCCAUCCAGUUCCAGUUCCUCGACCGCUCCAACGCCGACCAGCUCCGCAGCAUGGUCGCCAUGAACUUUGUCUUUGGCUUCUUCUUCACGCCCCUCGGCAUCAUCAGCUGGGUCUACCCGGCCGAGAUCUUCCCCCUCGAGAUCCGCGCCCUCGGCAACGCGCUCACCACCUUCACCAACUGGACCAUCAACCUCGUCCUCGUGUCCUUUUCGCCGCAGGCGCUGACGGCCCUCGGCUUCAAGUUCUUCUACGUCUUUGUCGUCUUCAACGUCAUCGCCGCGCUGUGCUACUACUUCUUCUAUCCCGAAACGUCGGGGCGCACGCUCGAGCAGAUGGACCAGCUGUUUGGCGACUACGUGCCAAUGUCCGAGCAGAGCGCCCUCGGGACCGUCAUCACCGGGUCCGACAGUGAAAGGGGCAAAGGAAUAGGGAAAUACGGCUCUUUCUCGGUUCACGAGCGUGUAUCGUCGACCGCCGUGUGA